AUGGCCGAUGGCUACUCCUUAACUGAAGGUGGCAAAAGGCAUUUCAAAGUGGGUGGGGAAAGCUGGGGAUCCCCAACUCUCUUCCAAGGAUUGCCCUAUGAUGAGGACAUUAUAGUCGUUGAAGCUCAAGUUUCAACAUUUUCAUCUGUGCCACCAAAGUCGACAAAGCAAACUGGUAGAGAUUCAUCAUCAAAAAAGAGAAAGCAACCUGAAGGAAGAAACCCUCCACCUCUUGCAUUAGUCUCACCCAAUGUUGCUCGAACCACAACCAUGACCGGUUCACUGGUGCCUUUGUCAAGCUUGCAACUGACCACAAGGAACCUAAUAGCUCAACUCUCACCACUGAUGUGUAGUGGAUCCAAACUCACUACUCCAGCUGGAGCUUGUCUGCCGCAACAGGACAGGAGAAAACUGGUCACCUUCUUCGAGAUGACGGUGGAGGCCAUCUUGAAAGCCAAUGCGUUCGAUGCUGUCGAGAAAAUCGUCCGGAAAAUGGCUGAUUAUCAGCUCAUGCCAACUGACCAUCCUCAUCCGCUAAAGAACAUGCUAUCCCGGCUGGCGGAGUUUAAGGAGGCCAUCCCUGCCUCUCUGACCAUGAUUGAAAGUUGCAGUGCCAUUGAGACGUCGAGAGCAAGGAAUGUUAAGGAUUUGGAAAGGAGGCUGGCUCAGAAGCAAAAGGAGCUGAGUGUUUUGGAAUCGGAAGUCUCGAGGCUUGGUGUAGAAGAGGCGAAGCUGGAGGCCCAGAUUCGGGCUCUCGUUGCCUUUAAAGAGAAAAUGGCUGGUGCGAGGGCUGCAAGGGAAUCUGAACUGGAGAAGAUCAACGGAGAGGCCACCAGGGAAGUAGAAGAACUGAAGAGGCAGAUGCACGAAUGUAACCAAGCUGGUGAGGGUAAGAUGGUGGCCAAAGAGAAACUCGCCCAGUUCAAUGCAAGUUGGAAGCUCUUCAGAGACUACUUGGGGUUUUAG